AUGGAACAAACACCUUCUCAGGACAACGGUUUACACACACCGUCACACGAUAUUGAAUCAACUUCAACUUUUGGCCACCCACUUUCUUCUAACUGGGAUAUCGCACUCGUAAAAGAAGUAGGAAAUUCAAAAGUGUGGCGACUUCGUCAAAACUAUGACCGUAAUGAUUAUAAACGUGAAAUGUAUCGUCGCGCAUAUUCCGAACCUAUUCUAACUACAGAUACAGGCAGUAAUUCACCUGCAGAAACUUUAUCCCCAACAACGCCAACUACACCACUUAUUAAUAAGAGACACGAAUGUCGAGGUUUUGAUGACCCAUCAAACGGUUUUUCAAGUCCACAACUUCAUCCUAAUUUGAAUAACAAUAUUAAUGAUGAGAAUAAUAAUUUUGAAUUGUGUUCAGAUGUUAGUAGAGACAUUACUAAUAAAUUCUUGUUUAAAGAAUGGGGUAAAGAAGUUUGUAAUCGAAGAAAAUUAUCUUAA